CUUCUGAUUUUAAUUUUGGAAAGGACCAAAGACUCAAAAAACAAACGCAUGACGUUGGGGGAUGGAUGGUGGCUGAUGAAGAGCUACGGUUAGGAGAAUCGAAGCAGCUACCCAAGACACCAAGACAAGCAAACUAACCAACAAAACAAACGAAAAAGCCUCGUAGCUAUGUACGGACCGAGAGGGGCAAUGUUGGGAAGCGGGGGGGUUUCGGACGGGUACGAGGUCGGCUCAAAGAGACAAAGAAUGAUGGAAUCCAAUCCCUACUUCGCAGUGAGCAGUGGCACAAGUGGCUUUCAACCUUAUGGCUAUGGUGGCGGCUUUCAACCCCCUCCCUUUCCAGUGAUUCGGCUCAGGGGGCUUCCCUUCAACUGCACCGACAUUGACAUUUUCAAGUUCUUUGCUGGACUGGACAUUGUGGAUGUUCUGCUUGUCAACAAGAGUGGACGGUUCUCGGGAGAAGCCUUUGUUGUCUUCGCGGGAUCAAUGCAGGUUGAGUUUGCUUUACAAAGAGAUCGGCAGAGCAUGGGUCGGAGGUAUGUGGAAGUUUUCAGAUGCAAGAGGCAGGAUUACUACAAUGCUGUUGCUGCAGAGAUAAACUAUGAAGGAAUUUACGAUAAUGACUAUCAUGGAAGCCCUCCUCCAGCUCGAUCAAAGAGGUUCAGUGACAAGGACCAGCUGGAAUACACUGAAAUAUUGAAGAUGCGUGGCCUCCCCUUUUCAGUGAAAAAACCCGAAAUUGUUGAAUUUUUCCAGGAUUUCAAGCUGAUAGAAGAAAGGAUACACGUUGCAUGCCGUCCUGAUGGGAAAGCUACUGGAGAGGCGUAUGUAGAGUUUGCUUCUGCAGAGGAGGCUAAGAGAGCUAUGGGCAAAGACAAGAUGACAAUUGGGUCUAGAUAUGUGGAGCUGUUUCCUUCAACACCAGACGAAGCAAGACGGGCUGAGUCAAGAUCCCGACAGUGAUUAGGCACUUUGGCCAGCGCUGAAUCUUGUGGAUUAUCUUUGGUGUUCCAAUAUGAUUCGCUUGUUUUUUUCAAUCUCUUAAGAUGUAUCUUGGUGCUAGAACAUUUGAUCAACUUACCCGUUAUGGUUUGACUUUUGGAUUUUACUUAAUGCAUAGGUGCAAGAAUUCGAAAAUUAUGUUUAUUUGGA